AUGUCUGAUACGUGUAACGCGGUUAGUUCUUUGCUCGAGUUAACUUCGAGCGGUGGUGGGGAUAAUACAGGUAACGCGGUCGCUAUCCUACAAAACGCCACUGUCAAGAAGAGGCCAAAAUUGUUUCAUUGCAGCCAGUCUCAUAACAUAUUAAGAGACUUGAUGCUUAGAGAUUUUGGAUUUUUGUAUUAUAAUUGUUACAAAACUAAAACACGUGCAUUAGAAUUGAUAGCUGAAAUGAAUUUAGUUGGGAAAAAGCAUAAAGAAUUGCACCAAAAUGGCAUCGGCACAUGGGAAUCACAGUGUUUACAUUACUGAUGUAGCAACUAGGAAAAAUAUCAAAAUCCUUUCUGGCCAUCCACGUACUCCUUGGUGUAUAGCAUUUCAUCCUUCAUCUAGUCAUAUAUUAGCUUCUGGUUGCCUUGGUGGUCAAGUACGCAUUUGGGAUUUGAGAGAUGGUAGUAAGGUUUGGAAUACUGAAAGUCAGACAGUGAUAGCUUCUCUUGCUUUUCAUCCAUCUGAAAAAUUACUCGUCAUAGCAACAAAUAAUGAAAUACAUUUUUGGGACUGGAGUCAAUCUGAACCUUUUGCAGUAAUAUCUACUAAGACCAGCAUAGAAAAAGUAAGUACUCAGUCAAAUUUACGCGGUAGUGUAUCAACAGAUAGUGAUGAAAGCUCCAUGCUACAAUAUAUCUAUAAUUCAAGGGAACGCUGUGGGCAUAGAAGAAGAAGAGAGUUUUACGCGAGCCUUCCACGUGAUGUUGACGAAACACCUGUGCCAGAAGAUGUCUCAGCAGUAGUGUUAAACUUCUCAGGAAGCUCCGUCAGGAAUUAUCGUAUACAAGCCUGGGACUUCUCUAAAGGAGAAAUACCUGAUAUCAAAAACUCUGAAAAAAAUAUUGUUAUACACAAGUGUAAAAUUCGUAAUGAUGCUAGUAUAAAUAUCUCUUCGGACGGAACAUUAUUAGCAACGUGUUUUAUAGGAGCUGCAGGAGUCUAUAGUUUACAAUGGGAAACGUUAGGGGAAGAAAUUUAUUGGACGCAAGUGUAUAAUGUGAUUUCUGUAUCGAUUUCACCAACACAGAAACAUCUCUUAGUAGGUCUAGCAAGAAAUGGUGUUGGAAAUGAAUAUACUAUGGCUAUUAUUUACAGACUAACACAUAAACAAUCCCAAAACAACAAACCAUGUAUUCAAGACUUGGACUUAGAAGUUAGAGACUUACUACAAAAUAAUCAUUCAAUUAGAGGAGAUACAAGUAUAAAUUGUAUCAGGUGGGCACCUCAACCUGGUCAAGGUCUAAUUUAUGCUACUAAUACUGGUCGAUUAGCCAUCCUUCAUUAAUCUAUUUGUAAUAUUAUUGUGAGAAUAGAGAUUCCAUGUUCGUGAUUAUUUUAUUAAUAAGAAAUUAUCUACGAAGACAGAAGUUCAUUGUUACGUGUCUUUCAAGGAAAAUAUGAGAAAGAUAAUAAAAUUUGUUAUUAAGUUCUCAAUAUCAUAUAUUUUGACAAGCAAUUUAAUAUAGUGGUAUAAUUUAAAUAUGAUUUUUAUCUUUAUUUCAUUCAAUUUUGUUGAUUUCAAUAUUUUCAUUUUUAAAUCUUUUCGUAUAGAUGACUUUUUCAUUUACAGUAUUACAGAAACAUUGGUGCAUUAAUAUCAAUACAUAUAUUUAUCGAAAGUAAAAAGUGCAGGGUACUUGAAUGGAAGAUUUAUAAAUAAAUUGACACAUAUUUUUUUAAGAAUUUUCUAAUUUUAUUACAUUAAAAUACAUAAAUACAUUCAAAUAAAAAGAAGAAUAAUAUUUUAAUAUAUAAUAAUAGGUUAUUGUAUAAAUCUAUUGUGUAGGUUAUUGUUAAUGUUUUUACUAACAAUAAUAAAAGUAUUCACUUGGAUAAUACUUAUCCAAGGGAAUAUAAUAUCAUACGUAGACGUAAUUGUUAUUACUGCCACAUUCAAUAUGUUAUAAUAGAUGAAAUCCCUUAUACAGACUAAUGAAUUAAACCAAUAUAAAAGAAGAAAUAACUAUAAAAAAAAUUUCUUAUUCAGCUUUAUUCAGCUUUAUUCUUUUCUAAAUCUUUCAGAGGUAUUAUCUCACCGAUAGUCUUCCUCAAAUUGGUAAUUUUGAGAUCAAGAACAAAGAUCAAUGUCAGUGAAUUUGUGUCAAUAAAAAUAUUUAAAGUCAAUAAAAAAGUCAACAAAUCUAUCAUUAUCUCUUUUUCUUUUACUUCAUUCUCAGUUAUAGACAAACGUAAGUUUUUGUGUUACAAGUUCUCCAAACUUAGAGUAAAUUGAACAAGAAUGAUUUAAUUUUUGUAUAAUUUACACAUUUGUAGAAUUAUUAUAUUUACAGUAAAUAAAAAUAAAAGAUACAGAAUUAUUUAUAAAAUACUUUUAAUAACAAAAUUUACAAAAA